UUAAGACAGUUCUGAAUGCGAAAGGGGGGUCCAACCUUUUACUAGCACAAAAAUGAAAGAAUAAAAACGAUUACUGCUUCAUGAAGUCCUUGUUUGGAAGGGCUGUUCAUGCUCUAUCACGGAUUGGUGAUGAAAUUUGGCUGGAGCCACUACAGAAAGGGUCGGUGCUGCCGCUCUUCCGCAGCGUGGCCACAAUAGAGCGCAGUGUGUACAGAUGUGAGAUAUCUAUUAACGUCUUAAACAACAGGGUGAUGUUCCAGUUUAACUGCAAACAUGGAAUAACCAAGACACACAACUUGAGGUACCAAGAGUGUGAAGCUCUGCAAGCUGUGUUUCCAACUCACCUUUGUCCCAACAUUCUAAAGUCACAGCCAAAACUUCUUAGUGAUGUUGUGAUGCACUUCCCAACCUCACAAGAGGAGAUCACACUCUCCAUAUCACCCAUAAAAGUAAAAUUUAAGAGCUACUUUGAAGAGGAGAACGAUCACAUCAGGAGCGUGUGUACAGAGAUGUCUGUGCAUCCUGAUGAGUUUGACUACUUUCAGGUUGGGGUCGACUCGGAGGCAACCUUCUGUUUAAAAGAACUGAGGGGUUUACUGUCAUUUGCUGAGACCCAUGGUCUUCCAGUGUCUGUCCACUUUGGUGCACCUGGAAGGCCAGUGUCUUUCAGUGUGGAGGAUAUGGUGCUGGAGGCUGUUGUGGUAUUGUCCACUCUAGUGAUUGCAGCCAGCGAGAAUCCGUCACAGGUUUCUAUUGUACAGGAAGCUCCAGUGCCAAGGAACAUCAGUGAUGUCUGUCCAGCAAGCACCCCCAUAGCUGACAAUUCCGUAGCAAACAUCUCCAAACACGAGGGUCCUUUAGAGGCAGAGGUUGCUUGCGUGCCAUCCGAGAAUUCAACUUUCCCUCUUGGGGAGCAGGUGGCCUCCAGCCAGGGAAGCCCAGUCUUCUUCCCAGCCUCCUUCCACAUGAAAAAUCUCUUGCAACUCCACAGAGAAGAAAUGGACCUUUUAAGACCUAAAGGGAUGCAUUCUCUGCUCUUUGGAGCCGUAUCAAGCAGCAUGGCAGAUGGCAUUGCAUCAGAACUGCCCAGCCUGGUGUGCGCCAGUGACACCGAGGAUGAUGCUGGAGAUGAUGGCGUCAGAGUGGAAGAGUAAUUCAGGUAACAUACCCCGAGGGAGACGAAGAAGAUUGAACAUUUGUAUGUAGUUUAGAGGCACUAAGUGUGUGCAGAUAUAGAAUACACUCUUCCAUAUUGAUUGAUACUGUAAAAUAUUUAAACCAGACUGUUUAGCUUUGAUGUGGCCUAAAAAGCAAUCAAAUAUUAUAUUGGGACAUUGAUUUCCUACAUUUUUAAAACAAAAUGCCAUUUUCUUUCUUUUUCUGUUUCGGUUCUGUGUAUGUAAAUGUUCAUUUCAGUUAUGUGCCUCACUCAAAUG